UUUUGGCGGGAAAAUCCGUCUCUAAGUUCUUACACAAAAUUUUCAUUUUCUUCCAUUCUCCCAUUUUCACUUAAAGCCUUUGUUAUUCAUUCUGAGUUGCAUAACAAAUCUCAGUAAAAUGGCUCCUAGAAAACGAACAAGUUCUGGAUCAACAAAGAAAUCAACCAAUCAACAUCAACAGCAGCAGCAGCAAUCUCAGCCGUCCAAAUUCGGGAUUGAGCAUUUCUUCGAACGCCAUACCCAAAAUAUCCUCUCACAGAAAUCCAAAACCCCUCUUGUCCCCCACAAUUCCAAUUCAUUGCAAAACCCUAAAGAAACUUCUACCGUGUCAGUACCAAAAACUCCUGCAAAUGUUUUAGAUGUAAGGUGUUUGGAUUCUAAUGAAAUGAACUCCGCUGCGCGAAAAGGCGAAAAUGGAUUGAAUUUGAAGAAUUCAGUGUCUCAAGUUGAAUCUAAUAAAAUUGUAGUUGAGAGAAUUAAGGAUAAGGGAGUUGGGGGAGGUGAAAAGGAGGGAAUUAGUGUGAGUUUGAAAAAGAAUGAAUCCGGGAGUUCUUCGUCUCAGAGUACACCUACGGAGACUGUGGUAGCUGCAGGUAUAGGAGAGGAGAAAAAUCAAGCUGAAGUAACGCCUGAGUUUUGCAAGUCCGUGUCUUUGAACAAACGAUUCAAGUUUUCUCCAGGAAUGCUGAUCAAGCAAAGCCAGGAUGAUGGAGGUGAUGAAGUAACAUGGAGAAUAUCUCCAGUGAAUGAACGACUUCAUGCCGUGUCCAAACAAAUACCAAAGAUGGUAAAAGUGUUGGCGGAUGCAUCACGGUUCAACUCCUUGUAUAUUCAAGAAUGUUCACUAAAAAAGACGCCUCCUGGGACAGAAAGAAAAUUUGAGAAGUGUCUUUAUUCACCUCCACCAAAGGCACUUGAUAAAUCGUUAGUAUGCUCAAAUAGGGCAAGCUUGAGAAACAAAAGCACAGAUCGCACGAUGGAUUUGUGGGAAAAUAAUGGAAACUCUAACCACCAGAGCAAAACUGAAGUAAUAAACAGCCAGAGUCCUUUCCAGACUCCACCAUCUCUGACAUACGGCAAUGAUAAGCCUGCCAACGCAGUCGAUCCUAAUGAAGCCACUGAUCAGCUUGGUUCCAGGCAACACAAAAAGGCAUUGAUUGAGCUUUUAGACCAAGUAGAAGAUGUAAUUUCUGUUGAACCACAAUGUGAAGAGAAAAUUGCAUCCCAUGGUCAUGAUGGGCCUGCUAAGCCAGCUGCCGUUUUGCAGAAACUGUCAGAAAACGUUUCUGCAAGUGAUCAAAGGAAAGAGUCAACUAUCUAUUUUCUUGUUUUGGAGGUUUCCGAGAAGCAUGGACAAGUUGAAACAUCUGGACCGCAGUGCUCCUUCAAGGUUUUGCGCUUGCUGAAUGAACAAAGUGGAGAAGAAAGGGUUUUGCAAUUGAGGGAUGAGUGGUGCUAUAGUGUUGUUGCACCAGGGGAUACUAUUCAUGUCAUUGGUGAGUUUGACAGUGAAGGAAAAUGUGAAAUAAACCGCAGGAAUAAUUUUCUCAUUGUUCAUCCGGAUAUUUUAGUUUCUGGAACCAGGGUUGCUGGCAGCUUCAGUUGCUCAAGGCGAGCUGUGCUGGAUGAGAGGUUAAAAUCUGGCGAGUAUUCAGCCGCUGCAUUGAUUGGCACAUUAUUACAUCAGAUGUUUCAGGCUGGGCUGAUCAGAGAGUCCCCUACAAAAGAAUUCUUGGAGGAUUAUGCAAGGGUAGUGCUCCAGAAGAGUCUUGAGAGCCUAUAUGCAUGUAGAGUUGAUGAAAAUGAUACUCACAAGACAUUGAUUGAGGCAAUUCCAAAACUGAUGAAUUGGAUACGUUCCUUCCGAUAUUCAGAGGUUUCAGAAAGCCCAAGCAUUGAUUUUGGAAGAGAGGAUGGAGUUAAGAAGAUUAAAGUAUCUGAAGUACUUGACAUUGAAGAAAUGGCGUGGGCUCCAAAGUAUGGGUUGAAAGGCAUGAUCGAUGCAUCCUUGCAAGUAAAUGUAGAAUCCAACAACAAUGUACCUAAUGAGAUGAUUAUGCCUCUUGAGUUUAAAACUGGGAAGGCAACAAAUGGGCAGACAGCUACGGAACAUAAUGCUCAAGUUAUGCUGUAUACCCUUCUAAUGUCAGAAAGAUACUCACAGCAUAUUGGUCAUGGUCUCCUGUAUUAUCUGCACACAGAUCAGACACAGGGAAUUACUGUUUACAGAUCUGACUUGGUUGGCCUUAUAAUGCGCCGUAAUGAACUUGCAAAUGAUCUUCUCAAGGCCACUAUGACUCAGCAAUUGCCACCAAUGUUACAGAGUCCAAAUAUGUGCAGAGGCUGUCGCCACCUCAGUGUCUGUACCAUUUAUCAUAAGUCAUAUGGUGGCACCACAGAAGGCAGUGGCUUGGGCAGUAUGUUUGAUUCGCUUGUUAGCCAUCUAACAAAUGCACAUACAAAUUUUCUUCAAAAAUGGGAUCAGUUGAUUGACUUGGAGGCUAAAGAGGUUGAGGCCGUAAAGAAACAAAUUUGGUCUUCACAAAGUCUAAAGAAUGACCGUUAUGCUCCUUGCUUAUCUUCUCUUGUCCUUGAUACAUCAGAGAGAACCACACCAACAAACUCGUGCAAAGGAAAUCAGUUUACGUAUCACUUUGUACAUCGAGAUUGGACUUCCUUGGGCACUCAUCAACAGGAUGGAGAUGCUCUGAACAGUUCCAUUUUUCCUGUGAAAAAUUUUGAAUCCACACUUAGGAAUGGGGACUAUGUGGUGUUGAGCACUGAACCUGGUGGGAUACUAAUAGCUACUGGGGUUGUUGUUGAUAUGAGUUGUUCUCGCAUCUCGGUAUCUCUUUCCAAACGCUUAAGGCUUCCAGGAAGCAGCCGGAUUUCACAGACACAAGAUCUUCAUCAGCAGUUGUGGCGAAUUCAUAAAGAUGAAUUCAUGGGUUCAUUUCCAAUUAUGAGAUUCAACCUCAUCCAACUCUUUCUACAAAAUGAGCAGAGUUCUAAUCUGAGGAAGAUGAUAGUUGAUCUGGAGGUGCCUAGGUUUGAUAGUGGAUGUCAAUUUAGUCAAGAUCCUGCCAUUUCAUACAUUUGGUCAGAAAAAAAUUUGAAUGAUGAUCAGCGCAGAGCCAUACUUAAAAUACUCACGGCAAAGGAUUAUGCGCUGAUACUAGGAAUGCCAGGGACAGGCAAAACAUCCACUAUGGUCUAUGCUGUGAAGGCACUGUUGAUAAGAGGUUCAUCCAUUUUGCUUACCUCCUAUACAAACUCAGCUGUCGACAAUUUGCUUCUCAAACUGAAGGCUCAGGGAAUAGAUUUUAUACGUAUUGGAAGAUAUGAGGUUGUGCACGAGGAAGUUCGGGAGAAUUGCUUAUCAAUGAUGGACACUCAUGGUCUUGAAGAGAUGAAGCAAAGGCUAGAGCAAAGCAAAGUUUUUGCUGUUACAUGUUUGGGGAUAGCUAGCCCAUUGCUUCCAAACAAGAGAUUUGAUGUGUGUAUAAUGGAUGAAGCUGGACAAACUACAUUGCCGGUAUCGUUGGGACCAUUGACAUUUGCAUCAAAAUUUGUUCUAGUAGGGGAUCAUUAUCAAUUACCACCACUUGUCCAGAGUGCAGAGGCUAGAGAAAAUGGAAUGGCUGUAAGUCUGUUCUGCAGACUCUCAGAAGCUCAUCCUCAAGCAAUUUGUGCUCUGCAAAGCCAGUACCGCAUGUGUGCAGCCAUAAUGGAAUUAUCAAAUGCCUUGAUAUAUGGCAACAGAUUGCGAUGUGGUUCUUCUGAAGUAGAAAAUGCCAAAAUCAAGUACACAGGAUUGCAAUCUGGGCCUACGUGGAUAAAGGAGGUUAUGAAUCCAAACAGACCUGUCAUCUUUAUAAACACAGAUUUGUUGCUUGCUUUCGAAACAAAUGAAAGGAAAGCUGUAAAUAACCCAAUGGAAGCAAGUAUCAUUGCUGAGAUCGUGCAUAGAUUGUUGAGCAGAGGUAUAUUGGAGGAAGAUAUAGGCAUCAUUACACCCUACAAUUCUCAGGCUGAUCUUAUACAGCAAGGUGUUUCCACAUCAGUGGAGAUACACACCAUUGAUAAGUACCAGGGCAGAGAUAAAGAUUGCAUUCUGUUGUCCUUUGUAAGGUCAACUGAAAAUCCAAGGAACUACACUUCUUCAUUGCUUGGAGACUGGCACAGAAUUAACGUGGCUCUUACUCGUGCUAAGAAGAAGUUGAUCAUGGUAGGUUCAUGCAGUACGCUAUCGACUGUGCCUCUGCUAAAGCUUCUCAUUGAAAAGGUGGAAGAGCAAGGAGGCAUUUUGAGCCUCUCCAUGAAGGAUAUUGCUCAUAAACCAGAAUUGAGAAGAUGCUCCAACCUGAGAUAAUGGUGAAGAUAUUGCACCCAGUUUUGCUAUUUGUGAUCAUGUAAUAUAUUACAUGUGCUUCUCUAAUUUAAAUGUAAAUAUUGAGGCCAUACCCAGCCAGCUACUCAUUCUUCUGUAAAUAAUAAAAAUUUCUUAGUGAAAUAGUUGUACAAGAGUCCACUUACCA